AUGGUUUCCCCAGAUACUUCGGGCCUCAAAUGGGUGCGCACCUUUUGGGGUCUCGAGCCUCGAUGGACCAUCGACCCCGACACUACAGUGAUCAUGGAGACCGUGAAAAGCACCCUCAACAUUCGGAGCGACUGCAGCAUAGACUUUCUGGCAGAGGGUGCCUUUAAUAAACUCUACAUCGUCAAAUCUACCGAGAAUGAGGUCGUCGCUCGGAUCACUUUGCCAGUUGAGCCAAAAUGGAAGACCCUCAGUGAGGUUGCGACAGUGCAAUGGGUUCACCAGAAUACCAGUCUUCCGGUCCCGGAGAUAUUAGGGUUCAGUUCGGAUCGUGCCAACCCCGUCGGCUUUGAAUGGAUCAUCAUGACGAAAGUUCCAGGCAGACCGUGGGCUGAUGUCUGGCGUGAAGUCCCCUUUGCAGCAAAGGAACAACUGAUACGCCGAAUCGCAUUGUUUUGUUCCGACGCCUUCUCCCACCAAAUGCACGGCAUUGGUAAUCUAUUUCCGAACUCUACACCAACCCAAAACUCAAGUCAUCCCGAGCCUAAGCCAGAGGAGAGAGCGUUUGAGACGAAUAGACCUUUUGACGAAACAGGGCCUCCCAGUCAAAAGCGUCUUGACACUGGUGACAGCCCCAAUCGAGAUUUGGGGCUCACGGAUGCCGCAACGCCUUCUAUCACUGGCUUUACCGUCCAGAGAAUGGUCACCACAGACUUCAUUGGAAUUGAUAUUGAUCCAAAAGUACCUCGUGGACCUUUUGCAACCAGUAGCGAAUGGUUAACUGCCCGGCUCGAUCUUACCGAAUUCGACUGCAAGAGUCGCCUGAGCCGGGUGCUAGAAUCCAGCUCAGUUGACGUUUCAGAGACCACAAACAAUCGUACCGCAGCAAUAAAUGAAGUCGGUACAUUGGGCGAGGGAGAAGAUAUCGAAAGGAAUAGCGAAAACGAGGAUUCUGCGGACAACGGAGAUGAAGAUGACGACCCCGAGGACCCCGAGGACCUUGAGAACACCUUGAACAUCAUUAUGAAGCUCAGGGCUCAACUGCCAAAUUUCUUUCCUCCCGGGGGACCCGACAAGGAGCCUUCAGUCAUAUUCCACGAUGACAUGAACCGACAUAACAUCCUGGUUAAUGAAGCAGGAGCUCUGACAGCUGUUGUGGACUGGGAUUGCGUUUCUGCUUUACCACUGUACGCCGCAUGCCAGUACCCACCCUUCUUACAAGGCAAACCGCUCGAAGUUGAGCCCAUCAAGAGCAAAUACCAGCAUGACGAAAACGGAGAUGUCGUAGAGCUCUACUGGGAGCAUCUGGAGGACUACGAGCUGACUCAGUUGCGACGGUUGUUCUUAGCGGAGAUGCAAAAGCUGCAGCCUGACUGGGUGUCCAAGUUCAACUCGAGUCAGCGACAGAGGGACUUUGAUCUUGCAGUUUCAUCAUGCGAUGAUCCUUUCAUGAUACGGAGAAUCAUGGGUUGGUUGAGCGAUCUAGAGUCGGGAGCUGAAGGGAUUCGGGGUCUUGAAGAGAGGAUAGAUAAUCCGUCUAUGUAG